CUCUUGUUCUAAGCAUCAAUCAUUGUCUUCAUUCAUCUCUCAUUAUAGAACCAGGAAUUUAAUUUGCAUAUUAGAAAUGUCCAAGAACUCGACCUACGCAACCCCAAAAUGGUGGAAGGAAGCCGUUAUUUACCAGAUUUACCCAUCGUCCUUCCAAGACACCAAUGGAGAUGGAUGGGGGGAUGUCAAGGGGAUCACAUCUCGAGUUGACUAUCUGAAGAGUCUUGGAGUCGAUGUCGUUUGGACGUCUCCCAUCUACAAAUCGCCUCAAGCGGACAUGGGCUACGAUAUCGCUGAUUAUAAGGUCAUCGACCCUAUUUACGGUUCAGUCCAAGAUGUGGACGAUCUCAUUAGCGAGCUCAAGAAAAGAGACAUGAAGUUGAUGAUGGAUCUGGUGGUGAAUCAUACCUCUAAUAUGCAUGAGUGGUUCCUCGAAAGUAGAUCUUCCAAGGACAAUCCCAAGCGAGACUGGUACAUUUGGAAGUCUCCAAAGUCGGUCAGCGAAGGUGGUGUCCCAGAGCCCCCUAACAAUUGGGCUCAGAUUUUGGGUGAGGCCAACUCAGCAUGGACCUACGACACCGAGACUGGAGAGUACUAUCUGUCUGUCUUUACCCCAGAACAGCCUGACCUCAACUGGGAGAAUAGUGAAGUGCGAGAAGCCGUAUGGGAUGUCAUGAAGUUUUGGCUUGACCGAGGUGUGGCGGGUUUUCGGAUGGAUGUCAUCAACAUGAUUUCCAAAGUCCCCUCUUAUCCAGAUGCUCCUAUUGUUUUGGAUCCCAAAACCCACCAGUUCCAACCCGGAACGCAAUUUUUCGUCAAUGGGCCCAAACUCCACGACUACCUCCAAGAGAUGUAUCGUGAAGUGCUCUCAAAAUACGACACGGUCACCGUUGGCGAAAUGCCAGGAGUCUCUGAUGAGAACGAGAUCCUCCGAACGGUUGGUGCCGACGCCGGCGAGCUGAACAUGAUCUUUAUCUUUGAUCUCGUGGACAUUGACAAACCCAAUGUGCGGAUGGCGUUGAAGCCGUGGGACGUCAAGGAAAUGAAGUCGAUCAUCACACGAUGGCAGAGGUGUAUGAUUGAACGGGAUGGAUGGAACUCGGUCUUUAUCGAGAAUCACGACAAUCCUAGAAGCGUCAGUCGAUACACCGAUGACCGCGACGCCGUUCGUGACAAGGGAGCCAAACUGUUGGCCUUGAUGCAAACGACUCUCGGGGGCACCAUCUUCGUGUAUCAGGGUGAAGAAAUUGGCAUCCGUAAUGCCCCUACCGAUUGGGACAUUUCUGAGGAGUACAAAGAUAUAGAGACCAUCAACUACUGGAAGAAGUGUCAGCAAAUUUACAAGGACGAUCCAGCGCAGCUCGAACACGGCAAGAAGAUCAUUCAUAUGAAGGCUCGAGAUCACGCUCGAACGCCUAUGCAGUGGAGUGGGGAUGCCAAUGCAGGCUUCUGCAGACCUGGAGUGAAGCCUUGGAUGCGAGUCAUGGACGAUUACAAGGAUGGCAUCAACGCUGAAGACCAGAUCAGGUACGACAAUAGUGAUGAGCUUUCCACUUGGCAGUUCUGGCAAAGGGGUUUGAAGGAUCGAAAAGAGCACGCGGAUGUGUUUGUGUAUGGAGACUUCCAAGAGAUUUCGCCUGAAGAACCCUCGAUUUUCGCCUACGGUCGAACCAGCAUGUCAGGGGAGCGCUGGCUCGUGGUCUUGAACUUUUCCGGUACUGAUGUCGAAUGGAACUUCCCGGAGUCCCUGAAUUUGGAAUUCUGGGCUUGCAGCACGUAUGAGAAAGCAAAACCAGACAAGGCUCGACAAGGGAAGAUCACUCUCAGACCUUGGGAAGGGGUCCUUGGAAAGUGUACCUUGGAAUAGGGGACCACUACUGAUGAAAUUAUUUCGUAUCAAUUGGUGGAAGGCCCAGACUUUGGAUCAGACAGUUUCGUGGAUCGAGGUGCAUUUGCCUUGCUAUCUGAAAGGCACAGGAAUUUGUCAGACUACGGAGUAUGCUUUGAAUUUGGGCUUUGAUGACCGUGACGGGGAGUUCUAGUCCUUCGACGAGUAUUCGACUAUUCGACGUCAGGGGCAGCGGGUCUCUACACAAUUCAUCAACAUCAUUAUUACCAACUAGCGCGUCCCAGUGGGCCUCAAGAUUCGAUCAUCAAAGCGGCUGCAUGGUCUCGGGCAACUGCUUUAGUCUGAGAACCAAAAGUACACAUGAGUGGCUCCAAAGGAAGCCGGCAGGAACCCCUGAUCUGAGCACAGAGCAUGUGGUGACAAAAGACUCGCCAAAGAGUGCUCAACCAUCCUGUAGCCAAUUCGUACACCAUUCUCUAUACCAUUCCCAAUACCAUGCAUA